CCGCUUUGUUGUAUGAGAAAAGCAGAAACUUUUCUGCAUUCAUCAGGAACUCAACGAGUGCUCGACACAUCACUGAAGGCAGAUUUCCCCAAAAAUGACCUCUGACCCUGUCGACCCGUACAUCUUCACCUCUGACUCUCUACCGUCCGACCCUCGCUACAUGCCACCGCUGACCAACGGCCUGCUGGGAUGGAGAGUGUUUGAUCCAAUUAUGCAUAUGGGUGGGGUUUAUAACGGUGAAGGCGGGGCUUGUCACCGUGGCAACAUUCCUUGUCCUCUGGCGGUUCAAAUGAAGACGGCAGAAGUGGGACAACACACGUACAAGUUAGACAUGCACACAGGUGUUUUCUCUCACUCCGUGGUCACACCUGGUUUUGAGGCCACUCAGGUUUUGUACACUCACCGGCAGCAGACGAACCUCCUGGUCAUGGAGGUUCUCCUCAAACGCUCUGAAACCAGCGCUGAACCAGUCACCAUUCAGCUAGAAAGUUCUUUCAAACCCCAAAGUGAUGAUAUUGUUUUCCAGAAUGCACCGGACUACAAGGGUGGGAGGCAUAUUUUUGGACAGACCGUCUCUUCAGAGGUUCCUGGAGGAAUCCGUCCAUUUGUGCACCUGAUCUGGACGCCCAUCACAUCCACUCUUACCCUCCCACCCAGCCAGAGCCAGUCCAGCUGGGUUUUCCUGGUUGCCGUUGCCGGUAGCGAUGAGAGCGUCCAGUCGUGUUAUGAUACUGGUUUGGGGCUUAUUGAUACUGGCGACCUACGCCCCUCGCACCUGAGAAGCUGGGCGGAGCUUUGGAAGGACAGCAGCAUAGAGGUGGAGGGAGCAGAGAGCCUGAACCGAGCUCUGAUUGGCAGCAUGUUUUAUCUCCUCAGUUCAUUCUCGUCUUUAAGUGAGGAGGCAAACGCACCGUACGAGUUUGGAGGCCUCAGUCCUGGGGGUUUGUCAAACGGGAGUAAUGGGGAGGAUUACUAUGGCCAUGUGUUCUGGGAUCAGGACACAUGGAUGUACCCCAGUGUUGCCCUCUUCUGUCCCAGACUGGCCAGGUCCAUGCUGCAAUACCGUGUAGGAACGAUAGAAGGUGCUCGAGCAAACGCCGAGCAGAUGGGCUACAAGGGACUGAAGUUUGCAUGGGAGAGCGCGGUGACGGGCCAAGACGUUUGUCCAGAGGACAUUUACGCAGAGCAGGAGCUGCACAUCAAUGGAGACGUGGCGCUGGCUUUCCAGCAGUACUUUUACCUCACACAGGACCUGGAGAUGCUCAGAGAAGGACGGGGCAGUGAGGUUGUGUGGGGCAUCGCUGACUACUGGGCUUCACGGGUAACAUGGGACCCUACUGAGCAGCAGUACCAUAUCAAAAGUGUGACUCCUCCUGAUGAGUAUUACUUCACUGUUGACAACUCAGUGUUCACCAAUGCUGUCGCCCAACGCAGCCUUCAGUUUGCCAUGGAGUUGUCCGGUCUGUUAGGACACAGGCCUCCUCCCGCUUGGCAGGACGUUGCUGAUAAGAUCAAAAUCCCCUUUGACCCGGAACUGAAGUAUCACCCAGAGUUUGACGGCUACAAGCGAGGAAAUCAAGUCAAGCAGGCAGACGUAGUAUUGCUCGGAUAUCCACUGGCCAUGUCCAUGACCCCAGAGAUCAGACGCAACGAUCUGGAAACAUAUGAGGCUGUCACUGAUCCGCUCGGACCGGCCAUGACAUGGGGCAUGUUUGCUUUGGGUUGGCUUGAACUUGGAGAUGCUGAAAGAGCCCAAACGCUUCUGAAGAAAUGCUUCAAAAAUAUCCAGAAACCAUUUCAGGUGUGGAGUGAGUCGGCUGAUGGCUCUGGGUGUGUGAACUUCCUCACCGGUAUGGGCGGCUUUCUGCAGGCGGUGCUGUUUGGCUACACUGGCUUCAGGGUGCAGAAGGAGGAUCUUGCCUUCGCUCCGUUGCUACCACAGGAAGUUGAUGCGCUCAGUGUGAAAGGUGUGAGUUACCUUGGCAACAAGAUGGACUGGUUGAUAAAGAGUGCGGAAGUGAGCGUUUCAGUGAGGAAGCCUGCAGAGAUGUCUGGGAGUCAGGAGCCUACCGCUCUUCAAGUUGUCUUGAAUACUGGAACUACAAUGCCACUUAUUCCAGGACAGUCAGUGACUUUUCCUCGGCAGCCUGGUCAGAUCCGUAAAUUGGAUGCCGGUUUCUCCUGCUGGCCUGUCUGAUGAUCCACAUUUCUACUUCAUACCUUUCAUAUUUCAGUAUACUACAUUUUACUGUAAUAAUGUACUCUAAUAAUGCCAAAUAUAUAAAUUAUUAUUAUUAAAUGAACAUGAAUCACAGUAUACUCUGGAAAAACAAUUUACAAUAAAAGAUUUUAAUAUUUUUAUUUUUGAAUUUUGAAAAUUGACACAAAUCAAUGCGUUUGAUGAAACUCAAGCCUUCGUUUGGUAUGUUGACCAAUGCUAUCAUUGUAUGUUUUUUAUUUUGGUAAUUUCUGUUUUUACAAUGCCAAAAAAAAGAAAAUCCACAAUAAUAUUUGAAUAAUUAUUCAUUUUUAAGUAAUUAAAAAAAAAAAAAAAAAAAAUAUAUAUAUAUAUAUAUGUAUAUACACAGUCAUUGCCAAAAAUAUCGGCACCCUUGGUAAAUAUGAUCAAAGAAGGCUGUGAAAAUUAAUCUGCAUUGUUAAUCCUUUUGAUCUUUUAUUAAAAAAAUUCACAAAAAGCUAACCUUUCAUUGGACAAUAAGAAUUUAAAAUGGGGGGAAAUAUCAUUAUGAAAUAAAUGUUUUUCUCAAAUACACAUUGAACACAAUUAUUGGCACCCCUAGAAAUUCUUAUGAGUAAAAUAUCUCUGAAGUAUAUUCCCAUUCAUAUUCACAAUUUUGAGCACUCCAGGGUGAUUAUGAACAUGAAAUUAUCCAGCCAUGGCUUCCUGUUUCACAGAAAUAUAAAUAUGAGGGAAAACAAAGCCCAAAUUCCCUUAAUCAUCCAUCACAAUGAGAAAAACCAGAGAAUAUAUUUCUGAUGUGCAGCAAAAGAUAAUUGAGCUUCACAAAUUAGUGAAGUGGCUUUAAGAAAAGAGCUAGAUCAGUGAAAAUUCCCAUUUCCACCUUCAGAGCAAUAAUUAAGAAUUUCCAAUCAACAUAAAAUGUUAUGAAACUGCCUGGAAGAGGACGUGUGUCUAUAUCAUCCUAAUGCACGGUGAGAAGGAGAGUUUGAGUGGCUAAAGACUCUCCAAGGACCACAGCUGGAGAAUUGCAGAAAAUAGUUGAGUCUCGGGGUCAGAAAACCUUAAAAAAAUUGUCAAACAGCACCUACAUCAGCACAUGUUGUUUGGGAUGGUUUCAAGAAAAAUUCUCCUCGCUCAUCCAAAAAUAAUCUCCAUCAUAUUCAGUUAUCAGACAUGACUGGAGCUCCAAAUGGGACUGGCUUCUAUGGUCAGAUGAAACUAAAAAAUGAGCUUUUUAGCUGCAAACACUCAAGAUGGGUUUGGUGAACACAGGAAUAAAAAGUAUCCCAUGUGUACAAUGAAAUAUACUGCUGUAUUUUUGAUGUUGUGGGCCUAUAUUUCUGCUGGAGGUCCUGGACAUCUUGUUUAGACACACGGCAUCAUGGAUUCUAUCAAAUACCAACAGAUAAAAAAUCAAUAAGUGAAUGACUCUGUUAGAAAUCUUAUAAUGGGCCAUGUUUGGAUCUUCCAACCGUACAAUAAUCCAAACACAAACCUCAAAAACAACACAAAAAUGGGUCACUGAGCACAAAACCAAGCUUCUGCUGGCCAUUCCAGUCCUCUGACCUGAACCCUGUAGAAAAUGAGUGAACUGAAGAGAAGAAGCACCAACAUGGAGCUGGGAAUCAAAAGGGUCUGGAGUGAUUCUGGAUGAAGGAAUGGUCUCUGAUCUCUUGUC